AUGGAAGAUAACGAAAGCUGCUUCAAUGGCUCUUUGGAUUCCGCUUCCCUGUCUGAAGCAGACAUCGCAGAGGCCUUUCAUCAGUAUGGGGGCGUGAUCACGCGACAAAGCUUGCAAGAUGGACGUCAUGUCAAGUCCCACCGAGUUGAGACUGGAGAGCAGGCCUCAGACUCUAGCCCAAGGAGGCGGCGGUUCUAUACAAUGGUGACCGGCAGCGAUGGCCAAGAGAAGGCUUUGGACUCUUUGUGGGUUGACAAGCUGCAGGAACUCUUAGAUGAAGCCGCGCGGGCAUAUGGCACGAAGAACAAUGAGUGGCAAGAUGAUGCCAGGAUACAGGAGCAGCACGAACUCAAAAUGGAGAUCAGGAACAAGUUUACAAACUUCUUUCAGAAUGGUAGUGAGAGCAUUGAUUCCGUGAUGGCACAGCUCAACCAAGUGUGGAAAGGGAUGAGCUCCCCAGAAAAGAGCGCAGGAGUUGAUGUCCCGCAGGAUUUAGGCGACUUGCAAGAAUCAUUGGCCUCAGUGGGGCAAUUGCUGCAGGAGGCACGAGAGAAGGGGUGUGCUCAAGCAGACAAAGUGACGCGCCAGUGGUUUGCAUUCAUUUCGCAGGAGGUAUUCAAUGUCGAGAAAUUUGGGAAUGUGGAGGUCAAGGACUUGGACCAUUUAAAGCAUCGUUUGAACCUGCUGCACAUGUAUCAUGAUCUAGAUGAGCGCUGGCAUCGAAUGGAUGCACUCAAUGCCGGAUUGGAAGAAGCAGUGCAGAGCAAAGCGGCCCUGCAAAGUUCCGUGGAUUCAGCAGAGCUGUUGCUGGUGAAACAGGUGGAAGCUGAAGUUCACAAAACCUUCCAAAAGGAGACCAAGAGCAUGGUAAUGCAAGCGGCCAAAGCACGAGCUGAGACAGUGGUACAGCUGGAGACUUGCACCCGGCACCGUGGAUUGUUGCGGGCCGAGCUGACCAGAAUUCUGAUGGAGCUAGCAGAUAAAUUGAAACACUGGCACGUAAAGCUUUGCAAGAAGUAUCAAGACUCCACCCACACCCUGAGGACCAGUAAAAGACGGACAGAUGAACAAACCAGAGCUGUGGAAAAGAAGUUGAAGGAUUUGAAGGAAAGGCUUGAACACACUCAGAAUUCGGUCGCCAUGCUUUUGAAACCCUACAACGCAGCUUUGGACCUUGGCCAUGGCGCAUUUGGCAAGCUUCCUUCUGGAGAUGAUUUGGUCUCUUGGAUGUUUGCUCUUGUGGCUGAUUGUGAGGAGCCGAUGAUUUCGCCCACCAUCUCUGAAGCGGUUGGUCGUCUAAUUUCGAGGAGCCCGCUUGAGAAGAUGCAAGAGAUGCUCCAUGCUGGCCACCAGAAACAAAGAUUGGACCAGCUGGACUUCCCAAUCAUACAGCAACAGUUACAGUGUAAAUCUGCCACAGCAGCGACUGAAUUGACGCCUUUCCUGCGAGGCGCUUGGAGGCAGCCAUCCUUCCUGCUUAGUGGACCAGACAUGCCCAGGCUGGUGGAUAUGCUCAAGGAGUUCCGAGAAGCGUUGGUGGACCGCACAAGCCAUGUUUCUGUAAAGCUAUUGUUGAAAUCCGAGCCUUUCUUGAAGAGCCUUAGCGAUUUCAAGAGCGAGCUUCGCGAGGAUUCUGUAGCUGCAGAGGUUGCCUUGGUGCUGGCUUUGGUGCGAUUUAGUGCUAUUGUUCGUAUUCAACGUGGCUGCAAGCUGAUGGCUGCCAUUCUGAACCUACGUAGUCUACAACUUCGAAAACAUGCCUUGAAUCAAGUUUUGGACGAGCCGCUCAAAGCAACUUCAAAUGGCUUGGAGCAGCAGGCCAGGGCUGUUGAGGCGAGCUUCAGGACCAUCAGAGGGGGUUUGGGUGUGUUGCGAGGUCAAGCCCAGUCCAUGGCGAAGGAUGCAGAAUUGCUUUUGAAGCAGUAUAGCCUAGAGAUUGAAGAUAUCGUUCACACUGUGCAGAGAUUGAUGCCAAAGACUCAUGCACAGGGCCAAAGAAAGGAUGUGAGUUCCAAAGACCAAAGCUCCCCAGCACAACAGGAUUCCGUGAUGCAUCUCCCAUCGUUGCUAGCUCACAGCCGCACCAGCGACGAUGUGGAAGGAGCAGAUGCAGUGAUUAGUGCUUGA